UUCUAAACAGUCAACUGUCAACCAAUCUACAAUCAACUGCAAAAUUGAACCAAUAAAAUUGCAGUUUAAGAUAAAUUUGUUAAUAAAAAAUAAGGUAUUUCUAAAAAAUGGCUUCAGCUAUGGAUGUUGACGAAGAAGAAGUAGAAAUGGCUUCUUCUAGUAGUGGUAAAGGUGACAAAAAAAGAUUUGAAGUUAAAAAGUGGAACGCUGUGGCAUUAUGGGCAUGGGAUAUUGUUGUCGACAAUUGUGCCAUUUGUCGAAAUCACAUAAUGGAUUUAUGCAUAGAAUGCCAAGCUAACCAGGCCUCUGCUACAAGUGAAGAAUGCACAGUAGCUUGGGGAGUGUGUAAUCAUGCAUUCCAUUUUCAUUGUAUCUCUCGAUGGCUUAAAACUCGACAAGUAUGCCCUCUAGAUAAUAGGGAGUGGGAGUUCCAAAAAUAUGGACAUUAAAACCAGGUGCUCCAUUGCUGAAGACUGCUACCUUUGAAUCUAAUGAGCAAAUUAAUGUCUUACAAAAUAAGUUUUUCAAUAAAUUUCCUGCAAUUUU